GUAAUAGGUCGAAUAGAAAGGUGAGGUAUUGGAAUUAGUUUUGGUGAAAGGGGGAAUUAAAUUUCAGCAAGGCAACCCCUUCUCUCCACUUAGACUCCUCCCUACAAUAGACGCCACAUCAUGAUCAAUACAUAGAGCACGCUAGAGUGCAGGAAAUAUAAACUGAAUUUACUCCACUCUAGCGUGCCGUUAUUGAUCUCGCAUGCUUGGUUGAGACUUUUAAUGCUGGGACGGCAGCUUGGAGCUCUGCAGUCCGAGGUAUUAGUGAUUGGAGAUCUGGGCGUCGGAAAGACCAGCAUCAUUAAGCGGUACGUCCAUCAGAUCUUUUCGCAACACUACAGAGCCACCAUCGGUGUGGACUUCGCCCUGAAAGUGCUGAAUUGGGAAGAGGACACAGUGGUGAGGCUACAGCUUUGGGACAUUGCAGGGCAGGAGCGGUUUGGUAACAUGACUAGAGUUUACUACCGGGAGGCAGUGGGGGCAUUUAUUGUCUUUGAUGUAUCCAGAGCAUCAACAUUUGAAGCUGUUUCAAAAUGGAAGAGCGAUCUUGACUCUAAAGUGAGGCUGCAGAAUGGCAGGCCUGUGCCUGCAGUCUUACUGGCAAACAAAUGUGACCAAGCUAAGGAGGGACUGACCAACACUUUGCCCAAGCUGGAUCAGUUCUGUAAAGAGAAUGGCUUCAUUGCCUGGUUUGAGACAUCGGCAAAGGACAACAUCCACAUUGAAGAAUCUGCCCGCCUCCUGGUGGAAAACAUCAUUAAUGCUGAAGAUGAUGAUGCAGCUCCAACAGAUCCUGAAAUUAUUUCAUCCCAGCAACUCUCGCAACACAGUAACAAUUCUGGCUGUUCUGCUUGUACAAAAUAAAGGAAGUUGGAUCACUCCUGGGGGGAGGGCAGGGGAUGGUGGGGAAAUGGUGGGCUUUGGAGAAUGUGAUGUGGAGUUUAAAAGGCCAAACAGCUCAUUUGGUGAGGCACUGGAGAGUGACCACUGCAUGUAGUCAAUGACUCUUACAAAAACACUUGGGUUAGUGGUGAUCAUUUUGCCUCCAUAGAAAGUUCUAUAUUGAUCAGGUCCUUGUUCUAUUAAUGUCAUCCAGACCAUUUAAUUGGUGUAUCAGCUAAAAUUUGUUUUUCUGCUGGGUUGGGAUUGAGGGCAACCUCAAUUUUUCAGAUGGCAGGCAGUAUUUUUUAAAAUGGAUCUAGGCAUUCUGCUGAUUAUGGUAGUUCUGGAUACUGGUUCUAUUGGAAGAAAAUCUAUUUUAAAUGAUGGGCAUUUAGCUUUGAUCCUCCCCCCCCCCCCCCCCCCCCCCAAUCUACUGGACUUCAAUUGGCUUUAUUCAAUUGGCUUUACAUUGCUUGCAUCCAUUUUUUAUGUACAUUGCUUCUAUAGUGUUUUGUAGCUUUAGUCAUGUGCAAUAAGAAAUGGUACCUCAUUUUGGAAAGCAAGAAGUCUGUUUUUCCAAAGAGUUUCUGAAAAUAUCUACUCCUGUGCCAGAUUCACAUUUUUGUGCUGUAGCCAAACUGCAGUUUUCCUAUUUUUGUUAGCUUGUGAUCAAUGGAUCCAGAAAUAGCAGACUCUGGUACUAUGUUCUUUGCUUGCAUGCCACCUUGUUCUUGUCCAUGUAUUGGAAGGGGAGCGGUAAUCCAGUGGCAGCAAUGGCAAUCCAGUGGAAUUUCAGAGGAUGUUUGAGUCCAGACUGACGAUGCACAAAUUGAAUUUCUAAUCACUGAACAUCCAAUUCUCACCCUAUCACUUUCAUGAAUAUUGCACACUUGAAUUUCUUUAUGGUUUACUGGCCCUGCUGUUUCUCUCCACACUUAAAUGUAACCAGUUAUUAUGAUCACUAUGGUGUUUAAUAUGGGCGACUGUCUAGAAGAGUGAUCCUGUGUAUUUGCUGUCACUCCUUUCCACUCUUCAGUGUCAAUGCAGCUUGCCAGCAUCAAAUUGCAUGUGAAUGGUCUUAUUUCUCCACCCAUAUUGUCCUUGGCACAUUCUAACUUAGAUUAUUUGGGACUUGGAAUGUCUCAGAAUAUAUGGAUUUUGAUAUCUACCACAUUCUCCUGAUUUGAUAUUUCAGGAAAUUGACUGUAUUAGUGCAACUUAUUUAUUAAUAAACUCACUCUGUCUAAACACAUUGAGUUGGUUCAAC